GUAUUAUAUGUUUUUCUUAAUUUUAUAAAUGGUAGAUCCGCUUUCCAUGUUCGAUGUCUUCGAAACUGGAGAUCAACAGGAAGAAGUGGAAGAUUGUUCAAAUCCCUUGAAACAGGCUAGAAAUGAUAAUUUCCCGAAUUCACACUUUAAUAACAAUGAGGAAGAUUAUAAUGUUAAUAACUAUGAGGACGAUUAUGAGUUUAAUCACUUAACCUCCCCGCUUACAAGUGAUGUUAAAAUUGAGAAGAUCCACUCCUCGUACAACUGUUCUCACUACAGAGUAGCACCUGUAGAAAGCAAAUAUACACCAAAGAAGAUCACUACUUUUGCGAAAAAGUAUCCUUUCACACUGGAUGAGUUUCAGAAACGGUCAAUAGAGUCACUGGAAAGAGACGAGUCAGUACUCGUUUGUGCUCACACAUCAGCUGGGAAAACAGUAGUCGCUGAAUAUGCCAUAGCCAUGGGCUUAAGAGAUGGGCACAGAAUAAUAUACACUUCACCUAUCAAGGCUCUGAGUAACCAGAAGUACAGAAACCUGUCAGAUGAGUUUGUAGACGUGGGACUAAUGACUGGCGAUGUGACUUUAAACCCCAACGCCUCAGUGAUGGUAAUGACUACUGAGAUCCUCAGGAGUAUGUUAUACAGAGGCAGUGAAAUAGUCCAAGAGAUGAAGUGUGUAAUAUUUGACGAGGUCCACUACAUGCGUGAUUUGGAACGCGGAGUAGUCUGGGAGGAAACUAUUAUCCUAAUACCUAACAAGGUAAAUCUAGUAUUCCUAUCCGCUACAAUCCCAAAUUACCUUGAAUUCUCAGAGUGGAUUACCAGAAUUAAGAGAAUUCCCUGUAACGUCAUUAGUACUGAUUACAGACCUGUACCACUAAACCAUUACUUAUACAUGUCAGGAGCUGAAGGGAUUUAUCUGAUUUUAGAUGAGAAUAAUAAUUUUAAAUCCACUAACUACAACAAGUGUUUGAGUGGUGGAUCACAGAGUAAUUCAAGGGAUAAGGAAACGAGUUCCCGAGACAAGCGUAGAAUUACAAGUACAUUUAAGGAUAUUGAAAACAUUGUUAAACUCUGUUUUGACAAGAAUUUAACCCCGUGUAUCAUAUUUUCAUUUAGUAAAUCUGACUGUGAGACCUCCGCCACAGCUGUCAGACAUCUUGACAUGACGUCAGACGAAGAAAAGAAACUGAUUGACGAGAUAUAUAAAAAUGCCAUGGCUACUCUAAGUGAACAGGAUCGGCUUUUACCACAAAAUCUCUUCAUGUUACCGUUACUUAAGAAAGGCAUAGGAAUUCACCAUGGUGGGCUAUUGCCGAUAAUUAAGGAAAUUAUCGAAAUCUUAUUCCAGGAAUCUCUGUUGAAGGUGUUGUUUAGUACUGAGACGUUUAGUAUGGGACUUAACAUGCCUGCGAAAACUGUCGUUUUCACCAAGAUGAAGAAGUGGGACGGUAGAGAAGUUAGGUACAUCUCAUCCGGAGAAUACAUACAAAUGGCCGGUAGAGCCGGUAGACGCGGUCUCGAUACCAUCGGCGUCGUCAUCAUAAUGCUAGAUAAAUCUGACGUCCUGAUAGAUGAGGAGGUGAAGAAGAUAUUUUUGGGGAAGCCGUUGAAUUUGGAUUCGACGUUUCAUUUGGGUUAUAACAUGUUAUUAAAUUUAAUGAGGAUCGAGGACACGACGCCUGAAUACUUAAUUGAGAGGUCAUUUAUGCAAUUCCAAGUCAAGAAUAAGUCAGUGGAAAUCUCCUCCAAAUUGAAGGAAUCUAAGAUAAAGUUGGAGACUUUGAGGAGCGAAUUUGACUCCGGGUUAUUUCUGCACAUGUCAUCACUUGAAGAUAACAAGGAAAAGCUGGAAAAACUCACGGAAAAAUCAAGCGACAUUGUGAUGAGUGAUACGAAAUCUUUAAAUUAUUUAAAUUACGGAAGAUUAGUUUAUGUUAAAAAUGAUCAAAUUUGGGGCUGGGCCAUCUGCAUCUCACCCCCAAAAUUAAAAUUAAACAACCCCAAAAACUUGAAGAGAUAUUACUUUGAUUGUUUAUAUCAAGAGAGGAUGAAAGGAGAUGUAGUGUACCCAUCAACAGAGCGUACUUGGGGAAGAUUUGAGGUUAAAGCUCUUCCAAUAGAUACGAUAAAGAAGAUGUCUCAGGUCCGGAUAACAAUUCACGAGAAAGUGGAUACAGAGUCACAGAACUUCCAAAACUCAAUGAUUAACAAGUUUGAACAAUUAAGUAAACAUAUCCAAACACUCGGACAAUUCCCACUACUACACCCCGUAGAACACAUGAAAAUUAACAACCCAGAUCUUACCACACUUUUAUCAGAAAUGGAUAGACUGAUGAAUGAGAUAAAUGCGUCACCAUUACCUUUGAGAGAAGACUACAAGGAUUUAUCUAGCAGAUUUUCCGAGUAUUCACGUGUUAGAAAGGAGACUGAGGAGUUGGAAACGCAGUUAAAGGAGUGCACUCAGAUAAUAAUGAAGGAUGAGUUAAGGCAUAUGAAAUCAGUUUUGAGGAAAUUGGAGUAUGUGGACCAAUUUGGCACCGUAACAAUCAAGGGCAGAAUAGCAUGUGAAAUCAAUGCCACGGACGAGUUACUGGUGUCAGAAUUGUUCUUGAGAAACUUCUUUGAGAACAUGGAGCCAGAACACAUUUGUGCCUCACUAAGUUGUCUAGUCAACGAUGAUAGAAAGGAGGGAAAACCACCCACAGAACUUAAACUCAUUGAGGCAUACAAUAAGAUCAGGGAAAUCGCAACUGAGAUAGUUGAUGUGAUGAUAGAUUGCGGAAUCGUGGUGGAUGAGGCCGAGUAUGUAAACAGGCUAAGACCGACACUAAUGUCAGUAGUGUACAGAUGGGCCAAAGGUGAUCCUUUCAUAGAAAUCCUAGCAGACUCCUCAGUAUUCGAAGGAUCAGUCAUCAGAUGCAUUAGGAGAUUGGAUGAGUUAUUGAGGCAGUUGGCGUGUGCUUCGAGGAAUAUUGGAAAUAUGACCAUGGAGCAGAUUUUCUUAACUUGUAUUUCAAAAUUAAAAAAAGGAAUCGCAUUUACAUCCUCAUUAUACCUAUGA